UUUUCAAAAACCCACUUUAUCGGAAACAUCGCGUCAUCGUCGGCUCCUGUUGAAGACCUUGGAAGGAAACUCCUACGAUACUCGCCAUUGGCGGCGAUGGGUUGCUUGGUGAAGCCCAUCGUACGCCCAUGAAUUUCAAACGCCUCACUGUUUCCCUAUUCUCUCUUCACCGUCAUCAUCGUCUCAAUAGGUAUUUUUCAGCGGCAACCCGUCCUCUAAUGGCUUUUCCUCUUGCCAAAACCCCCACCCAGAUCCCAACCGAUUCUCCCUAUUCUCAACCCGUCGAAGAACCUGACAACCUUAUUUGCUCUGAUCAGAAUCAAGACGAAACUCGACAGGAGCAAGAAUGUUCACUUUUUGCGCCAGAUACGGGGCCGUCUUGCUUGGAUUCUCCGGCGAGGUCUUUGACAGGGGUUUCUAGAGUCGAAUUUUCCUGGGCUUAUUGGACUAAGUUGGGUCGACCCAAAUACUUAGUCGCCCCGAUGGUUGAUAAUUCGGAACUACCCUUUCGAAUGCUUUGCCGCAAAUAUGGUGCCCAGGCUGCAUAUACUCCUAUGUUGCACUCUCGCAUUUUUACUGAGACCGAAAAGUACAGGAAAGAAGAGUUCACCACUUGCAAGGAGGAUCGACCUUUGUUUGUCCAAUUUUGUGCGAAUGAUCCUGAUACAUUGCUGGAAGCCGCCAGAAGGGUUGAACCGUAUUGUGACUAUGUUGAUAUCAAUCUAGGGUGUCCUCAGCGCAUUGCUAGGCGAGGAAACUAUGGCGCCUUCCUAAUGGAUAACCUUCCUCUUGUAAAAUCUCUAGUGGAAAAAUUGGCUCUCAACCUCCAAGUGCCUGUUUCAUGCAAAAUUAGAAUCUUUCCAAACUUGGAGGAUACAUUAAACUAUGCUAGGAUGCUAGAAGAGGCUGGCUGUUCGCUCUUAGCUGUCCAUGGCAGAACAAGGGAUGAAAAAGAUGGGAAAAAGUUCCGAGCUGACUGGAAAGCCAUCAAGGCUGUGAAGAAUGCUGUGAAAAUUCCAGUCCUUGCCAAUGGGAACAUAAGGCACAUGGACGACGUUUGUGACUGCUUGGAAGAGACAGGAGUUGAAGGGGUGAUGUCGGCUGAGACUCUGCUUGAAAAUCCAGCCCUUUUUGCAGGAUUUCGAACUCCUGAAUGGGCGACGGGGAGUGGAGUAGCCAAUGUAGAUGGAAAAUUGGACCAGGCAGAUUUGCUAGUAGAGUAUCUAAAGCUUUGUGAAGAGUACCCCGUACCAUGGAGAAUGAUCCGUUCCCAUGUUCAUAAAUUGUUGGGAGACUGGUUCAGCCUUCAGCCUCACAUAAGAGAGGAUCUUAACAAGCAGUCUAGACUGAGUUUUGAAUUUCUUUAUGAAAUCGUCGAUAGGCUUAGGGAGACAGGUACAAGAAUUCCACUUUAUCUCAAAGAUACGGAAACGGGUUUAGCAGCAAACGGUUAGUCAUACUGAUACGGCCGCAGGCCAACGAUUGGAGUUCAAAGUUAAAUUAGAACCUCAUAGUUUUUACUCGUUAUGCCGGGCAUAACCAGGAGGAUUAUUCUUUCUCUUGGGAUGCAGUUUUGUUGCUUUUACAAUUCACGUUGGUUCAAAUCAGGGAGUUUCCUCCGUGUUGUAUUGACUCCAUUCUUAAGUUAUUUGACAGUGUUGUACGCCCAAUAGUGUCAAGACCCUGGUUUUUGCACUGUGCUGACGUAUGUGAUUGGCCAAGUCUGAAUUGGUUAAGAAUUCUUUCUCUUCC